CAGGUCAAGGUGGCGCACAUCCUUGUCGAGCCGAAGGACGAACCCCUGCUCGACGAACUCGGCGAGCAGAUCGCGGCGGGCGUCGCGACGUUCGCGGAACUCGCGGCGACGCACUCCAAGUGCCCCAGCGGGAAACAGGGCGGCGCGCUCGGGUGGAUCUCCCGGGGACAGACCGUGGGGGAGUUCGAACGCGCCGCGUUCACCACGCCGGUCGGAGGCACCUCGAAAGCGACGACGUCCUUCGGCGUGCACCUCAUCGAGGUGCUCGACGCGCGCGCGAACGCCCCGACGAUCGUGGACGUGUCCAUCCAAGACCUCCAGGAAGUUCUCGAGGGCGACCUCGACGAGGUCAACCUCAUCGACGUCAGGGAACAGAACGAGUGGGACGCCGCUCGCAUCGAGGCGUUCACCCUGAGGCCGCUGUCCACGAUGCAGCAGUGGUCGCCGCGAUUGUUGGACGACUUCGACCCGGCCAAGCCCACGUACGUCAUAUGCGCCGCGGGGGUUCGGUCCGCGCGAGCGGCGGCGGCGCUCACGGACCUGGGAUUCGACGACGUUCGAAACGUGAGCGGGGGAAUGUACGCCUAC